AAUAAUUAUUGUGAAAAUUAAUCAAAAAAACAAAAAUCAAAAGUAUUUAUUUAUUUAGGCUAUAAAAGAAUUAAAGUUGAAAAAGAUAUUAAAAAGCAAAUGAUCUAAAAGCCAUUUUAAAUAUAAUUCAUUGGCCACGAAGUAAAACAAGGGGUUGUGUAUUACAAAAUAUAAAUAUACGACACAAAGGAUGGCUCUCAGUGGCCUAUGUCUAAGAGAUAUUCUGCUAUGAGGGAGAUUCAUAAAUUAUUAAAAGAAGAAUUUCCUGAAAAGAUACCAGAGUUUCCACCCAAAAAAUGGUUUGGCAACAUGGAUGAAAAGUUUAUUAAUUAAAGAGAAAAAUCUUUGGCAAACUACUUUAGCAACUGCCUGAAAUAAAUUAGCAUCGAUUAGUCAAAAGUACUUAGAGACUUCAUCUUAAAAAAUAAAACAUCUGGUCCAAUCAUGGUAGAUCCUCCUAAUCCUAAGGAAGAUUAAAUAAGACCUGUUGUUGUAUAGCCACCAAAGCCAUCUGUUGAUCCUGUUCAAGAGUAAAAGUAAAAAUUAGAAAAAAUAGUGCAAUAAGUACCUUUUAUUGAUUUUGUACCUUUUUUCAACCCUGAGUAGAACAACUAAGGUCGCCAUCAAUAUAAUUAAUUAACUUUCUAGAGCAAAUCUAAACUUUUAUCAAGCAUCUAGCUUCCCUUAUCAACAACUGAUUUUUCUGAAUAAGCUAAAUAAGCUCAACCAGUCAAUGUCUAAUUUGGUAAAAAGAUAGACUCCUUGGCAGAAAAAUUAAAUAAAACACUUAAUAGCCAUUUAACUAACAUUCGUUGUGAUUUUGUUGGCAAGCCUAGCUCAUCUUGA